CUGUGAGCAGAUUCUGGAAUUCUGGACUGAAGGUGUGAAGACUGUGCGCACAGCAAGAGCUGAGGCUCUUACCACCUCAAACUCCCCCACAAAGGAAGGUUGAGAGGAGGGCCUGAUGUCUGGAAAACUGGGAUUCCCUUCACCGUUGGGGUCCAACGGACUUGGUGGCUGUCAACACCUCGCUGUCUUUUCUGGUGAGUUUUGAGGACUGCGCAGGAAAAGUCUUUUCUACCUAUUGAGAUAGGUUGGCAGACGUGGCAGGCACUGUUUCUGGGAAGCAGAGUGCAGGAAAAGUGGUGAGCUCGGUUUAGGUCAGGGACCUAAAGUAGUGUAGGUUAGGAACCUAACACAACACCUGAUUAUUUCAGCCAUUAAAGGCGGAAGAAAAGGUGGUGAGAAGCUGUCUGAGUUAGAGGAGAAGUAGAGACACUUGCUAUCAAAGUGGGACAGACAGAGUGAGUGAGGCGCAUUUUUCCUUUAUUUCCUUUUUGCAAGUCGUGCGCAUUUUAGGGUAAAGGUAGAAAAAAAAUUCCUUUACAGUGAUAAGUUUGUGCAUUUUUUUGAGAUUGAUUUUUGCUUCCACAAAUUUGAUUUACUUCUAAAACUCUAAGAAAACUGAGAGUUUGAUUACAAUGGGAUCUGGACAGAGCAAUACCUCAAAAGGGAAAAUUGAGCCUGAUUAUGGCGCUCCCAAUGUGAGAUUUAUGGAGAUUAAUUCCGGAAAGGAGAGUGUGGUUCAGUUAGAUCUGUGGGUCAAUAAGUGCUGUUUCCCGAGAACAGGCAGCCUGAGUGUUAAACAGCUCGAGGCUUUAGAUGUGAGGUUGACAGAUUUAGAAAGAAGGGGAUUAGUAGGGAAGUUUGGAGGUAAGGUCAAGUUCCAGGCAGAUUGGUCAGCUUUUAGUAGUUGGAUGAGGGAAGCCAAGCAUAGGCUGGGCCCCAAAGUUUUCCCGGCGCAGCAUUCGAAGCUGGAUUCGGACCUUGACUCAGCUCCACCUGAACAGCCUCCACUGUAUGUCGAACACCACGAACCGGAGGGAGCAACUGGCCUCUCUGAAUCAGCGCUGCUUACAGAGACAUUGUUCUUCAGCUGUUAAGAAGAUUGAAAACAGAGUUCCCUGUUCGUUUGGACGGGGGAAAAGUGGUGGCGGUUAAGCAGGAUGCAGAUGAGACUGUCUCUGCUUAUCUAAACUGCCUGAGACAAGCAGCGAUGCAGUAUGGUGGACUGACCGAACUUGAGGAAAGUCAAAAGGAGGACAAAAAGACAAUGACCAUUGUUUCAAGUGCAGCAAAAAGGGACAUUGGGCAAGAAACUGCUGUAAAAAGGGGGAAACAAUAAGAAAAAAGAUGGGGCAGAUGAGUCAGAUUGACUAUGUGGUGAUAGCACGAGGACGGACGAAUCUGGUGACGACACUGGCCUGGAAAACCAACCAACGCUUCAGACACGUGAGAACACUGACACUAGCACAAAUACAGAAACAUAGAACAUGCACAUCAUGACUGAUGCAGAGUAUGAGCUUGUUUCUGACAUGAUUCUGCACCUUGAAUCUAAACAGAGAGAGAGUGAGCAUACCAAUAUGCUGGCUGAUUUUUCAGCGGAGGCAUACAAAAAGGAGACCUCGAUACACACUGUCAGUUAAAGGUGUUAAACUCUCUUUCUUGGUGCAUUCUUUCAAACACUCAUUCUUGCAUUCUGACAGAUGCGCUAUCAAUCUGAUAGGACGAGAUUUCAUGUGUAGAUUGGGAACUGUUUUGAUUUUUACACCUGACGGCAUUCAGGUGAGGAGAGUGAAUGAAAUGAAGGAAAGUUCUGUUUUUUUCCAACAAGCUGAGGGACAGUUUGUGUGCAAGUGGAAGACAGAUCUCUCUGUUUUGCUGCAGCUCUCAGACACACACACACAUGCUGAUGUCACAUGCCUGCACUGUACAGCACACAUGGUUCCUAUUUCACACACUGACCGUGAUUAUGAGGACAUCUGGUGUAAUACAGGACAGGAAAAGGAUAGGUUACAGCUAGAUUGGUUGUAUUGGAAUGACAUUAAUUGUGCUGUCUCUGUGAAACUUCUUGAUCGAUUGCAUGGGUUGAUUUUGUCACAAAACUCUGAUCCACACAUCUCAUUGGUAAAUCCCAACCGCAUAGGCCUGGGUCUGUGGGUGGGGGAGCUGAACGCCACUCCAUGCUGGAAGUCUACAACUGAUCCUCAUAUUGAUUUUAAUAAGGAAAUGAGGGUGUACAGAAAGAAACUAAAUUGUGCCAUUGAGACUUCCCGUUCAGUCGUGUUUGCAGAUAAGACUGGGUUUUGAUACUGACAUGUGCAUGGUUAAAUCCGUUGCAGACAUCCCAGAGCUACAGCAGGUUCCCGCUUAUCUCUGGGCCAUAAGAAAACAUGAUAUGCCUUGUGAGGCAAAUUGUGAUUUGUGAUGUUGGGCUUUACAAAUAAAGUUGAUUGAUUGAUUGAUGUUGGUCUAAUAAACAACUGCGAGCCUGUAAUAAUAACACCUAAAUCAGACAACAUACCCUGUCAUGUGAAGCAGUUGACGGCAUUAAACCUGUGUUUGAUGGUCUGUUGAAAGCAGGCGUGAUUGUUCCAUGUGCAGACUCUCCUGUGAGAACACCCAUAUUUCCUAUGCAGAAAAUAUGACCUGAUGGCGAACCUGUAGAGUGGAGAUUUGUGCAAGACCUGCAAGCUGUAAAUGCUGCUGUGCAGGCCAGGGAGCCUACGGUCCCAAAUCCACAUACAAUUCUGUCCCAAGUUCCAGCUGAUAGCAAAUGGUUUUCAGUUGGUGAUCUGUCAAAUACUUUUUUCAGUGUCACAGUACACCCAGAUAGUCAAUUCUGGUUUGCAUUUUGAUUUGAAAUUCUGCUUUGAGAGAUAGUUUGGAAACUCUUGUACUGCCUAAAGGAAGUGCUUUGUUGCAGUACGUUGAUGACAUUUUGGUUGCGAGUGAAACCAGAGAGGGUUAAAGUUAAAGACACCCUCGCCUUGCUGACUCAUUUGGCUGAACAGGGCCAUAAAACCAGCCUGUCAAAGAUACAAUUUGUUGCACAAGAGGUCACAUUUUUGGGUCACGUGAUCUCUCCUGAGGGAAAAACCCUCACGUCCAAGCACAAUGAAACCAUUCAAAAGAUCCCAAAAAGUGAGGCUAAAAAACAGGUCAUGUCAUUUUUAGGGAUGACAGGCCACUGCAGGCAAUAAUUAUGCUGAAACUGAGGCACCAUUAGCAGCAAUUGCUCAUGAGAAAGGCCUGAAAGCAUCUGAUUGUGUCAUUUGGACUCCUGACAGAAAUCUUUUGUUGAUUUGAAACUUUCUUUGCAAACACCUCCUACUCUUGGACUGCCUGACUGUACACGACCAUUUACCCAGACUGUUGACGAAAAGGGUGGGUACAUGACUUCUAUACUGUUACAAGAAUGCGGGGGGAAAAAGCAACCUGUAACUUAUUUUUCAUCUAAACUUGACUGUGUAGCUGUGAUAACUUCUGCCUGUUCUCCCAGGCCAGAUUUGAGAGACACACCGAUUGAUAACACUGAUUUGAAUUUUUGUAGAUGGAUCAGCUUCAAGAGACCCUAGCACUGGUAAAAAUGUUUCAGGUUUGGUGUCACAACACUGCAGGAGACAGUGAUCGCACGUCCUUUGUCAUCCUCACAUUCAGCUAAAGCGGCUGAAUUGGUGGCUCUGACAGAGGCAUGUAAACUGGCAGAGGGCAAAUCUGUAAAUAUUUACACAGACAGCAGAUAUGCUUGGGGUGGGGUUCAUGAUUUUGGACAAAGUUGGAAGAAUAGGGAUUUAUUAACUUCAACAGGGGAAACUAUUGCUCAUCAUGUGCUGCCAUUGUCUUUAGGCUUGCAUGCUACCUCACUAACACCUGCUUCUACUCGUAUGGUUGUGGCUAUGGCUGAGAUAACAGACCUGCAGAUAAGGGGGGAAUGAUGAGAUGAGAUGAGAUGAGAUGAGAUGAGAUGAGAUGAGAUGAGAUACGGAGAUAUUGGUUUACAAGAGGGUUUUCCAGUUAUGCCACAGAGUUUUGCAAAAGAUGUGUGAUCUGUGCUACUAUACUUUAUAGUAUACCUUUUUAUAGAAAGAUCUUUUGAUCACUUGCAAAUGGAUUUCAUUGAACAAACAGCUAAACAAAAAAAGUUUGUUUUGGUGAUUGUGUGCAUGUUUUCAAAAUGGGUUGAAGCUUUUCCCACAGCUAAACAGGAUGCAGCAGCAGUGGCGAAGGCUUUGAUGACUCUGAUAAUUCCCAGGUGGGGAAUUCCAGUUGGUGAGUUGGUGAAAGCUGCCCUGCCCAAACCAGCGGAAAGGAAGCUGCAUGAUCUCAAUGCAGGUGACUACAUUGUAGUGAGAGAUCUGAGACGAAAGAACUGGAAAGCUCGCAGGUGGAACAGUCCGUUCCAGGUGCUUUUGGUGACGGAGAAUGCUGUCAGUAGUGAUGGGUAUGGAUCGCUCAGAUAUCGCGUCUGGGUGUGUGGCAGACAUGUUCAUCAGGCACUUCAGUCUGGAUGGUGUGGCAGGUGCUACUUGGCUAAGUUGCUGCCAGCUGUGACUAUUGUUCCUGACUUGACUCAUUUUCACACAGACUAUGAUCACUACUACCCACCGCACAAAGCAAGACGAGCUGUGGUAAGGGUGGCCCCUGUGGAGAAGGGUUUUGGGGGUUUCUUGCCAAGGUGGGGAACAGUAAACAAUGCACACAAGAUUGAUGCUAUAGCUGUGGACUUGGAAAAUUUCACAGGUAACAUAGCUACAGGAUUCAGCUCACUCACACCAGCAGUACAGGGUCUCAGAAAUGUGGCUCUGCAGAACAGGAUGGCUAUGGAUUUAGUCCUGGCCAGCCAAGGGGGGGUUUGUCACAUUGUGGGUACUGAUUGCUGUGCAUGCAUACUUGACAUCUUUGAUAACGUGACACAUGUGGUUGCUCAUCUUAAUGACCUGCUACAUCUGGAGAAGAGACGUGACACUGAGUUCAGAGCAGGUAUGGAUCUGUGGUCCUGGUUUUCUUUGAGUGGAUGGAAAGCGUCAUUAAUGUCGUAGUGAUCCUGCAUUUGCAUAUGCAUAUGCAUUUUUAUGUGUUGUGUCGUUCCCUGUGUGAUUACAUCAAUGGUAUCAUCUGCUGUAGGGUGCUACGUGCAGAUGGAUCUGUGGACUCCUCCUUACAAUUCACAGGAAACCUUUAAAUUCUUCUUGUGAUUCACAUUUAUGUGUUUUAGUUUAGAAAUGUUUUGAUCAUUAAAGUUAAUUCAUUAGUAGGCUGGUUAGCAAAUCACAUUUUUACAUUACACUACUUCACAUUGAUUACACUUAUCAUUAGUUUAGUACACACCAUAUUUACUCAAUUUAUUCUUUUGAUUUUCACUUUCAUUUUUUUAUUUUCAUUUUUAUUUCUCAUUUUAUUCGUCUUCAAUUGCUUUUAUAUUAACAUUCGCAUGACAGUCAGUGUUCCCUUUAUUGAUUGUGUAUUCUCAUUAAAGAUGACAUUUUUCAUUUAUGCUUAUCUUGCUUUAGCUUAGAGUUUAAUUUAAGGGAUUUUUUUGUUCUCAUCAUAUAGAGGUUUUUUCCUUAUUAGGUAGUAUAGUUAGACGUACAAGUCUUUCACCCUCUCUUUCGUCACAUAGGGAGGGGGAUGUUUGGCUUGCCUGUACUUAUGACCUGUAACUUCUGCCUGGGUUUUCGUCUCCCAUGUUGGAGGCUGGUGGUACUGGCAUUUGGCUGGUACAGGUGGAACUCGUAGGACAUAAGGUGGUAAUAUAAUUUUCCAUGCUUAUGGUUUAGCAUGAGAAUGCUAAAAAGGGUGGAAUGUGAUGGAAAAUUCGGGUAUUUAAACAUAUUUAAACUAUAAUGUGUUGUAUAAGGUUACUUGUUUUGAUGAAACUGAACUUCUAGCCUAAUGAUGUGUGUUGCUCAUUUAAACCCUACUGUGACAGCAGUGAGAGACACCAAGGUCACGAGCCAGGGAGGCUCAGACACCAAGAUUAUGAGCCAGGGAGGACAACAAGUGUCCUUGUUAGUCUCAAGAGAUGCUGUGUUUUAGGAAUGUCAAGGC